CAUUUAUAAUAUUUACCACCUAGGGAAUGACCGUGCAGGAUGCAUUUGGGACGAGAUAUCGAGAAAUCUGCUUUUUUAAUCGUGCAUACCAGCGAGAAAUGAAGUUGUUUACCUCGCCUUGGUUUAUAAUCCCAUUAUUGAGGCGUGGAGCGGCGAGGCUGGUGGUCUUGUUUUAUUUUGGGGUCGGAAACGAAGCAGCCGAGGGGGGGUGAAGGGUGAGAGUGUGGGGGGGGGGUUGGGGGCAGAUGAAUAAAGACUCACGGAAGACGGAAUUACAAACGCUUUGAAUUUCGGACAGCAACAGAAAAGUCUGCGAUGGCUUUGAUGAUAUCAGCGGCGUCCAGCGACGUUCCUGACAACCACAGAGGAAGCUGGGAGGCGCUUCUCCAGGCGGCUGACGCUUACAGCAGGCAGAGCGGGGGGGAAGUGGCCGUGCUGUCGGCCCAGAGGAAGUACGGAUCGCGGCGCGGGGGGGCGGAGCCCAGCCUGGGGGAGGAGCGGAGCUACACCGUGUGGGGGGCUGGGGCUCUGGCGGAGUCCGCCCGGCGUUACCUGGACGACAUCGCCGUGCUCCACGGAACCCUCUGCCUGACCUCGGCUCGGGUCGGGUCUGGACGGAGCAGGACCCCGGACAGAAUCUCCAUUGCGAGCGGGUUCAGUUCAGCCGAAGUGGGAGGAGCCAGCCCCAGCGGCCAGAACCUCUACUCGCAGAGCUACCCGUCAAUCUACAGCGGGGGCGUGGUCUUGGGAGGCGGGGGCGGGGCUAACGGAAUCGGCCAUGAGGCCUCCGGGUCGCUAGAGGGCGCCGUCCUGACAGAGCAGGGAAACAAACACAAUCUCCUGCUGCAGAUGGGAGAGGGCGAGGUGGCGGGGCCGAGGGGCGGGGCCAGCGACCGGGGGGAGGAGCUAGAAGAUGAGGAGGAGGAGGAGGAAGAGGAGGAUGAUGAAGAGAUAGAGAGACGCAAUAGAAACCUGAAUGAAGCAACAGCGAUGUUUGUGAUGGAUGAAGAUUCUACAUCUCAGGACUGUGAACCUUACUUUGAGUCGGACGCAGAAGAGGAAGCAAGUACUGAUGACUCCUCUCUCAGUGAGGAUCCCCCCCUCUCCUCUCGCUCAGUCUUCUCCCGGCCGCCCCCCCCCUCUCGCUCGCUCUCCCAGCAGCACCUCGCUCGCUCGCUCCCCGUUUCCGUGCCGAUUUGGGGGUACAGAGAGUUCACGGGGGGGCACGCUCCGAGCCACGCGGAGAGUCACAGCGGGGAACAGCGGGCUGGCUGUUUCGAUCUGGAUCACAUCGCUGCCAGUAUCCGCGCUCUCACUGUCAGAGUCACCGACGGGACGGAGAUGUUUGGAGACUUACCCCGACCCCGACUGAACACGGGGGACUCCCAGAAACCCAAAUACUGAGGGGAGGGGGCGGGGGAGUGAUAUAGACACAGACACACAGAAACACAAAUACUAAGGGGAGGAGAGAGAGAGAGAGAGGAGAGGAGAGGAGAGAGGAGAGGAAUGCUGUGUUUAAUAUAGAGAGGGGGAGAGAGAAACAAACACUAAGAGACACUGAGAGAGAUAGACAGACAUACAGACACUAAGACAGACAGACACUGAGAUAGAUAGACACUAAGAGACAGACAGAGAGAGAGAUAGACACUGAGGCACGAAGAGACAGACACACAGACACUGAGACAGUAAGAGACAGACAGACAGACACUAAGAGACAGACACACAGACAAUCCCAAACAUUUCAAUAUAACACUAGACACUAUUGUCACACCAAACUUGAUCCCAUGUCAGGUCACUAGGGGGCGCUGUCUCUUCUAUAAAGAUACUGGCUGUGUUACACUGUGGCAGGCAGCUGAAUUAAUGUGUUGAAAUGCUUUGUAUUGUUAAAGAACUACAGCUCCCAGCAUGCCUCGCCAUGGCCGCGGGUGCAGAGGCAUGCUGGGAGCUGUAGUCCUAUAGUCAGGGCUGGAGCGAUUCACUGUGUCUCGAUGAAUCGCGAUGCUUUCUUUACAUGAUGUGUCGUAAUAGAGGUCUGUAUCGCUUGUGAUACGAGACCGCAGCAUAAAGAACUACAGCUCCCAGCAUGCCUCACCAUGGCCGCGGGUGCAGAGGCAUGCUGGGAGCUGUAGUCCUAUAGCCAGGGCUGGAGCGAUUCACUGUGUCUCGAUGAAUCGCGAUGCUUUCUUUACAUGAUGUGUCGUAAUAGAGGUCUGUAUCGCUUGUGAUAGGAGACCGCAGCAUAAAGGACUACAGCUCCCAGCAUCCCUCGCCACGGCCGCGGGUGCAGAGGCAUGCUGGGAGCUGUAGUCUUAUAGCCAGGGCUGUCCCGAUUCACAAUACAAUAACUAGGGCAGCGCAGCCAGAACUGAAGAGCAGCUCCUGAACUCACAGUCAAAACAACACAGACUCAGAGACUCAGAAAUAAGAAAUGUAAUUUCUGUGAUUUUUUUUUUAAUUGACACCAAGAAAGACUUUCUAGUCAUUAGUCAUUGAAUUCACACUGAAGACAGUGCGAGACGUCCCAUGCAUAAGAAACUGUGGAGAUUGAAUACUUAGUAGUGUCUUAAGAUUUCUAGCUACUGCAGUUGCUUCUUGUGAGCAGCAGGUGGGGAUGUUGCUACGAAUACACUUCAAAAAACUUAAAAUCCGAAAAUAAAAGUUAGUAACUGUUUUUAUUGAA